CGUCCCGGGGUGAGCGCGGAGCGGCUCCGGGUCCGCGCCAGUGAGCGCGGCUGCUGCCGGCGAGCCAGCGGCGCGGCGGCGGGCACCGGAGGCCGAGCGCGGCGGCACCCGAAGUGCACCCAGCCGGCGAGGCGAGGCGGCCCGUGGCGCGGCGUGCCCUGGAGGCGAGAGCCGGCGCGGGCAGCAGGCGGCAGCGGCAGCUCGUUGGCGGCGGCGGCGAGGAUGCUGACUGGGAGGCUGUACUGGGUGCCGCUCCUGCUGGCGCUGGGCGUGGGGAGCGGCAGCGGCGGCAGUGGCGGCGGCGGCGGGGGCAGCCGGCGGCGCCGCCUCCUCGCGGCUAAAGUCAAUAAACAUAAGCCAUGGAUCGAGACUUCGUAUCAUGGAGUCAUAACUGAGAACAAUGACACAGUCAUUUUGGACCCACCACUCGUUGCCCUGGAUAAAGAUGCACCAAUUCCUUUUGCAGGGGAAAUUUGUGCAUUCAAGAUCCAUGGCCAGGAGCUGCCCUUUGAGGCUGUGGUGCUCAACAAGACCUCGGGAGAGGGCCGGCUCCGUGCCAAGAGCCCCAUUGACUGUGAGCUGCAGAAGGAGUACACAUUCAUCAUCCAGGCCUAUGACUGUGGCUCGGGGCUCCGGGAGACAGCCUGGAAGAAGUCACACAAAGCCGUGGUCCACAUCCAGGUGAAGGAUGUCAAUGAGUUUGCUCCCACCUUCAAAGAGCCUGCCUACAAGGCUGUCGUGACAGAGGGCAAGAUCUACGACAGCAUCCUGCAGGUGGAAGCCAUCGACGAGGACUGUUCCCCCCAGUACAGCCAGAUUUGCAACUAUGAAAUCAUCACAACUGACGUGCCUUUUGCCAUUGACAGAAACGGCAACAUCAGGAACACUGAGAAGCUGAGCUACGACAAGCAACACCAGUAUGAGAUCCUGGUGACCGCCUAUGACUGUGGACAGAAGCCUGCUGCUCAGGACACCCUGGUGCAAGUGGAUGUGAAGCCAGUUUGCAAGCCUGGGUGGCAAGACUGGACCAAGAGGAUUGAGUAUCAGCCCGGCUCGGGGAGCGUGCCCCUGUUUCCCAGCAUCCACCUGGAGACCUGCGAUGGGGCCGUGUCCGCCAUCCAGAUCACCACAGAGCUACAGACCAAUUACAUCGGGAAGGGCUGUGACCGGGAAACCUAUUCCGAGAAGUCCCUUCAGAAAUUAUGUGGAGCCUCCUCUGGCAUCAUUGACCUCUUGCCGUCCCCCAGCACUGCCACCAACUGGACCACCGGACUACUGGUGGACAGCAGUGAGAUGAUCUUCAAGUUCGACGGCAGGCAGGGUGCUAAGAUCCCUGAUGGGAUUGUGCCAAAGAACCUGACGGAUCAGUUCACCAUCACCAUGUGGAUGAAACACGGCCCCAGCCCCGGUGUGAGAGCCGAGAAGGAAACCAUCCUCUGCAACUCAGACAAAACUGAAAUGAACCGGCAUCACUACGCCCUGUAUGUGCACAACUGCCGCCUCGUCUUCCUCCUGCGCAAGGACUUUGACCAGGCUGACACCUUCCGCCCAGCUGAGUUCCACUGGAAGCUGGACCAGAUUUGUGACAAAGAGUGGCAUUACUAUGUCAUCAAUGUGGAGUUUCCUGUGGUUACCUUAUACAUGGAUGGAGCAACAUAUGAGCCAUAUCUGGUGACCAAUGAUUGGCCCAUUCACCCAUCUCACAUAGCCAUGCAACUUACUGUUGGCGCUUGUUGGCAAGGAGGAGAAGUCACGAAACCACGGUUUGCUCAGUUCUUCCACGGCAGCUUAGCCAGUCUCACCAUCCGCCCUGGCAAAAUGGAGAGUCAGAAGGUGAUUUCCUGCCUGCAGGCCUGCAAGGAAGGGCUGGAUAUAAAUUCCCUGGAAAGCCUUGGCCAAGGAAUAAAGUAUCACUUCAACCCCUCGCAGUCCAUCCUGGUGAUGGAAGGUGACGACAUUGGGAGCAUCAAUCGCGCCCUCCAGAAGGUCUCCUACAUCAACUCCAGGCAGUUCCCAACGGCGGGUGUGCGGCGCCUCAAAGUCUCUUCCAAAGUCCAGUGCUUCGGGGAAGAUGUGUGCAUCACCAUCCCUGACAUGGACGCCUACGUGAUGGUGCUGCAGGCCAUCGAGCCCCAGAUCACCCUCCGUGGCACCGACCGCUUCUGGAGACCGGCGGCCCAGUUUGGAAGUGCCAGAGGGGUGAUUCUCUUCCCCGACAUCAAGAUUGUGAGCACCUUUGCCAAAGCCGAGGCCCCAGGUGGCUUGAGGACCACAGGCCCCAAAUCGGCAGUCAUAGAAGAAAUGCUUCACAACUUAGAUUUCUGUGACAUUUUGGUGCUUGGAGGGGACUUGGACCCCAGGCAAGAGUGCCUGGAGCUCACCCACAGCGAGCUCCACCAGCGGCACCUGGAGGCCACCAACUCCACUGCAGGCUACUCCAUCUACGGUGUGGGCUCCAUGAGCCGCUACGAGCAGGUGCUCCGUCACAUCCGCUACCGCAACUGGCGCCCGGCUUCCCUGGAGGCCCGGCGAUUCAGGAUCAAGUGCUCGGAACUCAAUGGGCGCUACACCAGCAAUGAGUUCAACCUGGAGGUCAGCGUCCUCCACGAGGUCAGAGUCCCAGACGAGGAGCAUGUCAACCAUCUGAUCGUGCAGCCUCCCUUCCUCCAGUCCGUCCACCACCCUGAGUCCCGGAGUAGCAUCCAGCACAGUUCAGCGGUCCCGAGCAUCGCCGCAGUGGCCGUCGCCAUCUCCCUGUGCAUACUAAUGUUUGUUGUGGCCAUGGGCGUGUACCGGAUCCGGAUCGCCCACCAGCGCUUCACCCAGGAGACCGAGGCUGCCAAGGAGGCUGAGAUGGAUUGGGAUGACUCCGCACUCACCAUCACAGUCAACCCCAUGGAGAAACAUGGAGCGCCAGGGUGUGGGGAAGACGAGACUGAGGAAGAGGACGAGGACAUGGAGGAGGACAUCAGCGCCAGCAGCAGUGACUCAGAUGACAGUGAAGAGGACGAAGAGGAGGAGGGGAUGGGCAGGGGCAGACAUGGGCAGAGUGCGGCCAGGCAAGCCCAGCUGGAGUGGGACGACUCCACCCUUUCCUACUAGUGCCCUGCUGUCUGUGCCCUCCCACGGGUCCCUUUUGUAAGCCCACCCCGAUAUAUGCCUGAGUCUAUCACAUGUCGCCUCUGAUUUCUAUGACCGGUCUGGGCAGACCUUCCCAGUCUCCAGGAACCCACCCUCUGCACCUUGGGGCACCCUGUGUCCCAGCUCUGGGGUGGUUCAAGAAGCCCAGCGCCAUCAUCAGUGGGGACAUUAGGGUGACCUUUGUCCUGUAGCCCCCACUUCUCCUGCCCUGGACUCACCCAGCAUCCUGCCGGCCAAGCUGCAGUCUUGCCUCUGCUCUUCUGCUCUUUGCAAAGGAGAAGGUCUGCCUUUACAUCACUCACCCUGCCUCAGCUCCGCAUUCCCAGGGCCCUGGGUUCCAACUUGCUGUGUGACCCUGACUUAGUCCUCCCCACACAGACCAGCAGGUUCUUCUCACCUAACUGUCCAGGUGGCUUCAUACAGGCAAGGUAGCCAGACUGCACACACCGAAGGUCUUAGCCCUUAACACUGUAAAGCAAACUCUUUGUUGAGGCAGAAUUCAACUUACAGGGAAAGAUUUGCCCACGUAUACACGCACGCACACAUACACACUCUCUCCCAGUUUGGAGAGCCUCUUCCUUUGUCCUUUCGGAGGCCAUAUCAAGCUUAGAUGAAAAGUCCGAUACCAAGAAUAGGUCCUUAGCCUCAGCAGGGCCUGGUCCCAAGCCAAAGCUGAGAGCCCGCCUGCCUUGAGACCCACGUGGCUGCCCUGCUGGGCCCUCCCACCACACGACCCCACAGGGACCAGGAGGCCCUCCCACACAGGCACUGCUCCAGGGGACAGUGGUGACAGCAUGAAGCCAGGGGUCCAAAGGAAGGGCUGAUGAGAUGGCCCAGCUAUGCUUCAUGGCCGGCACAAGUCUGCAGAUGGGGGCGGCUGGGCUCCUCCAGGCUGGAGGGGGCCUGAGGCUGACUCUCCCCACCUGUCUUAUGGCCCCCCGGCCCCUAUUUCACACUGUUCUGCCUCUUCAGAACACACAUUCCUCUCGGAUGUACUAGAGCAAGCGUGAACUGCACCAAGUCUAAAAUGAAAGUCUGGAGAUUUAGCUUCUAGGAAUUGGAAUCAUAUUUGUGAUAACAGCUUCUUCUCACAAAAGGAGCAAUGCUUUGGGUGGAGGGCAAAUACAUCCAAAAACCUAAUUUUUUUCUUUCUUCUUUUUUUUUAUAAGGAAAUCUUUUCCAUCUCUGUCCUAACAUGAACACCUCUUGUAGAGAAUUGUUGCUAUAGUAACUGAUCUGUGAUCUUUUGUGGCCAAGAGAAUAGCAGGCAAGAAUUAGGGCCAUUGUAGGACUUCCUCGAGGCCCUGAGAAAGUCUUUGUUUUGAAUGUCUCAAGCUUUGUCCUCAGUAUGUACUAUCUGUCCCCAUCUUCCCACUCUCCCACAGCCCGUCCCAUAUUGGCUUGGUUGCCGCUAGUCUCAGGGGCAUGCAGGUCAAAGGAAAGUCGAGAAUCUGCUCAUUCUACUCACUGUGUCCUCAAAACAGGGAGCACUUAAAAAAGGGGGCACCACCGCCAGUGUCCUCUAGUCUGACCUCCACCCUGUGAGGAUCCAUGACAGGCCUUUGCAACCUUCUGAUUCAAGAAUAGGACCUUAUGCAACUUUUUCCAUUGCCCAAUGUGUUUUUUGCAUGUGUUCCUACCUUUGAGCCUCACAGUAAUUCUGUGGGGGAGUUGGGACAUCUGUUGUCAGACACAUUUUCAUUAUGAGUAAACUGAGGCUCAGACCUUCAGCAUCCUGCUAAGAGUCACUCAGAGGUGUAGACCAGACCAAAUGCCUUCCACCUGGUCCAGUGCCCGCCACCCUGAUUCUCCGUGUGUUCAGACUGGUGCAGCUGUCAGGCAUUGCUGAGGAUCUACUGUGUGGAGAGCCCUUGACCAGCAGCUGUGGAAAAGGGAAGAAGCUGAGUAAGAUGGGCUCCUUCCCCAGAGGACUGGCUGGUUGCAGGCAGGAACCAGACGGGCAUAGGAAGUAUACAGUGGACAGAUGCAGAGCAAGGGGGAGACAGGAAGGAGGACACGUUUGCAAAUCAACCAGCGCUCUUAUUUUUCCUAUUUUUAGGGAAAACCACUGACAGAAGUUUGGAGUUUUAUAUUCAUUGGAUGGAAGUAGACAUUUCUGUGAAUUCUCCCAACCAAAAAUGAGCCCUUUUCUCUCAGGCUGUGUCUGCACACCAACAAGGAGAAAAUCUGUAGGAUUGCUUAGUCCUCCCAAUCCCCUCAGUUAAAUAAAAAGAGAGUCUCAGGUUGGGCAUUUGGGGCUAACAGAAUUCUCCCCAAAUUGUGGCAGUAAUGUGAAUACUUGACAUGUCUAAAACCAAUUCUUUUUGAAUUGGAUUUGGAUUUAAAGUAUUUAAGUCACUUGUUCAUGAGAGCACUUUGCUCAGUCUUUCGGUUUGGCUGGGGUGGGAAGGUGUUCCUUACAUCCUCUGGCUGUCUCUGACGGCUGCAUCCAUUAUCAUGACUGAGGGAGCUGUUUGGGGCGAGUGAAAUCUCUAUACUUUUGCAGGGUUUUACGAGGCAGGAGCAGGUAAAAACAGCUCUUGGCAAGAGCCACAGAGUUGAAUCAUGUGUGACUGGACUCAUGCAGAGAAACAAUGCGGGCAGCAAUUCAGGGCCCUUUCCAUCCACUCCUGUCAGGGGAGGUCAUGCUCUGCAUCAGUGACAAAGAUGAGGCACUUGAAAUGAUGCUACUAGGUCAGGGGGCAUUUAUCAUAUUCCCAGUGCCCUACUCAUCACCCUGGGUGAGAACAAGAAGGGAUAGUCAUAUAAAAGUCACAGAAGUUUCAGAGAAUAGCCACUUGAGUGGUGAAUAAUGUAACUCGCCAUCCGCCAGAUAUUCCAACCACAAGAGAAGAAUGUCAUGAACCAGCCCAGCGUUUUCAGGCUUCAUACACUGGCAUUCAGAGACCUAAACUCCAGGUGGCCCAGACACCCUGUUGCCUCUCACCCAGAUGUCAGCAGCAGCAGAUACAGGCUCAGACCCCAAGCAACAGCUGACCAGUUUAGCCCCGGGCCAAAGCAUUGAUUGUAUUUCCAAGAGUAUGACCAGCUUCUUCUCUGGAGUUGGAAAAUAGAUGGGCUGAAACGUCUCAGUGACUCAGGUGCCAAGGGGAAGAGGAACAAGGUGAGAGGAAAAAUCGAAUACAGAAUGAGUUACCCUAAUGGAACAAAGCAACCAACUAGUUGGUCUCCUAGCUUAGAGAAUACUAAAAGUAUAUUCUAGCUGGUUUAAUCAAAUGCUAUAAAUCUGACAAAGGCCCAAAUUCAUCUAAAUAACAAAAAUGUGGUUGCAGGGGUUAUCUCAUUUCAUUGUCACUUUCUUGAAUGUGCUAGGUCAUCCUAGUGGGCAGGGUUUAGACCACACUUCUGUGCAUGAAGCAAGGGCUGUACCUUGCGGACAUGGACACUCCAGGCAGAGGGACGCUGGAGGGAAGCAGUCCUCCAUGUCUAUACAUAUGGCAGAGGUCAGCAAGCUUUAUCUAUAAAGAGCCAAAUAGUAAAUAUUUGGGGUUUUGCAGGCCAUGUGGUCACUGUUUCAAGUAUUAACUCUGCCAUUAUAACAUGAAACCAGUCACAGACAAUAUGCAAACAAGUGGAUAUAGCUAUGUUCCAAAAAGACUUUAUGAAUGCUAAAGUAGCAAGCAAUUUUAAUUCAUAUUAUUUUCACAUGUCAUGAAAUUUUAUUACUCUUUUGAUUUUUAUUUUCAACCAUUUAAAAAUGGAAAAACCUGACUGAGUCCGUAGGCCAUACAAAAACAAGCAGCUGGACAGAUUUGGCCCAUGGGCUGUAGUGUGCACCCGCCUACGACACAUGCACAAAAAGCAACCCUCCAUUUGCCAAGGGCAGCAAAUUGCUAACUUAGAGCCCCCCUUCAACUCGCCAGUGGUCUUUGUCUCCAAAAUGAACAACUCCACAGUCCUUAAUUAAGCUGUUUUAAAUGUCCGUGUUCCAGGGGUGAAAUGAAAACAGAAAACAAAAAGCAUUUGUUCUUGGUCAAAUUGACACAAACGCAGGCAAGCAUUCCUCAACAGCUGCAAGCCCUGGGUCCAGGUACAGGCUGUCCACUGAAAGCUACCCCCGUAGAGCUAAGGGCUCACUCCCAGGCACAGCACCCUCUCCGCAUGACUCAGCCCGUGAUCAUUUCUAAGCAGAAGUGUUCAUUAUCUCAGAGUGAUUUCCAUUUCAGCCCUGCUCCUUACCACCGCUCUAAAAAUGAUCCUAAAGACUUCUGACUAUUUGAAUCAAUAACACCAUGAUCAGCAGAAAGCCCUACCCAGCGUACUUCAAAGUUAGCAGUCUUCUUGGCUCUAUGAUUCAAUAAUACCAAGAGGGAGAAAAAGAGGACUUCUUAAUCAUCUCCUCAUUUAAAUUAACCAAAUCAGUUUUAUACAGAAGUGAAGGAGUCUAACACUUUGAAAGAAUUUGCCAGUAAAAAGUAGAUAAUUUUCAGGGACGAAAACCUCAUUCUCAGACCUUUGGGGAUCCCCCAAGCCUCCUGCAAGAUACUCUGGCAGGCUUCGGAUGGUAAAGGAGGCUCUAUAUCCAUCAGAUAUUUAUUGAAGCUGACAAGCCAAAGCCCUUGGCACAAUUUAAUUUUCAUGUUAUCACUUUCCAUUGUCCAGUGAUAGACAAAGGAAAUGAGCAGAGAAAGUUUUGAGGUCUACUCCAGCACCUUCAUUUCCCUGCCUUGACUGGCUUUACCCUGGAAAUGAAUUCUGUACCUGCUUUAGAGCUCCUGCUCUAGUUUUCCCACUGGUGCCAAGUGUAAAGGAAAGCAGGCUUUAUAAGGGCUGUGAAUUAGAAGCCAAAUUUGACUCUAUCCCAAGGAGACCAAAAGAGACAGAAGUUACCACCAGCACCCCAGAAAGCAAUCAGAUGUCCCCUGUAUGCCAUUAGCAAACAGAUGGGAUUAUGUAUUUGCCGUUCUGUUCAAUGCAGCUCAGCAGAUUCUUACUGAGGGCCGUGGUGUGCAAGGUGCUGUGCCAGGAACAGAGAGGAUGAAUGAGGUGCGGCCCUGCCCAUGGGGACUUGUUCUCAGGAGCUGUCGGGUUGUUGCCUGCGCAGCACUGAGGGCUGUCUGAGAGCAGUUAGGACGGAAGUGUGGGGCUGGGAGAGGCGAGUGACUUGCUUGGGCAGCUCUCUACCCUACAGUAGAUGGUAGGUGUAAUUCUGGGAGCCCUGAGGCCAGCUGAGAAGCUCUCUAGGAAAGUAGGCAAUGCUUCCUUCAAUGUCUCUAAUUCUACCCCAGCCUGACUCAUUUAUGGAUGAAAAAGCCCACCAGGGGGAUAUCACGUGACUAAUGGCUGCGAUUCAGUGAAACUCGGCCAAAGGAAGUUUGUAGGUAUGAAUGGCAGGCAGACCUCAAAUACAGCAACCCAGGUACAGGGCUGGUGAGCCAAGGCCCAAGGGCGGGAAAAGCCCGUGGAGGAAACACCUGUGAGGCCAUAAGUAAGGGUUGAACGGGGAAGGAGGCUCUGACUGUGGGAGACCUGCUACGGGUUCACAUGACACUGUGGAGCAGAAGCUCUCAAGGUGCACCCCCAGACCAGAGCAUUUGCAUCACCUGGGAACAGAAAGAAAUGCAGAUUCUCAGGCCCCACUCACUGCUCACUCAGAACUUUGGGAGUGGGGCCCGGCUGUCCGUACUUUAACCAGCCCUCUGCUGCUGAUGCACACAGAACGGAGAGGAUGAGGAGAAUGACUUUCACUGGCAUUGGGAGGAAAUGACCCUAACAAGAUCAAGUAAUCAGGUACUAAUGUAGUGAUGAUAGGAGCCACAGCAGACGGCCCCACCCACCCUUAAGGCUCCAAUACCUGCUCCCUGAGGCUGUGGUUUCAGGGAGCCCUGGUCCUAGUCCCAGUUCCACUCCUCUCAUGAGCCGCUUUCUGCCAGUGUGGCCCCAUUCAUCCUAGAGAGACUCAGACUAAUAGAUGCUGUAGUGAGGCCACCCACCCCUAAGAAGGCUGCCUUCCAGGUCCCUGGAUGCUAAGCAGUCUCCUCAAAGGCCCAAAUUCUGGGGGAAGCAAUGACACUGCAGUGGUGGCCCUGCAUCACCAGGAUAACUGGCCUCUCCCCAGUCUCUAUGCUGGGGAGCCUCCAGGGCCCAGCAGAGAGAGGAGUGGGGGCACUGAAGGACACUGCCAGGUCGCUGAAGCACUGCCCCAUCUGGAGGCAUGCCACACUGCAAUCCCCUCACCUGGAUGGCAAAUGAAUGGCUUUUCCUGCAAGGACAGUGACUCAUUCUGGAUGUCACUGAAAGUAGAAAACAAAACCAGAAGCAAACCAGCAGCAUUCUCCACAGACAGAAUCUGUUUUCGCCUUCAGCUAUCUAAGUCCUAUUAAGAUGACAGGUCCACCAGUGCCCUUUCUCCACCACCUCCCUGAGGGCCUGAGGUCAGCCAAUUACUGAUUUUGUUUUUUGAUUCAUGGUCUGAAUUCCGUGAAGGUGCACAAAGCUUUGGGAGGACCAGGUGGAGUUCUAUCAGUCAUCGACACCUAACUAUGGUGCAGAACCUGUCCUCAUAUGAGGAUUUCUGAGAUGGGGGCUAAGAGGGCCAGGAUGCUGGUCCUUGGGGCAGAAGGACAAAGCAGGAAAGAGCUGGGAGGGGGCUCAGACACAUGGCCUUGGGGACAUAGCACCUGCUGUUUAGUUCCUAAGAACCCCAAUUCUCUCUUGACCAGACACAUCCCUGGUCUUCCCAGCAGCGUCCUCACUGAGCCCUCCCAAAUGCCCACAAGGAUACCUCUGUUUCUCCAGCCCAGUUUGUAAAAAGGUCUUCUGAUUAAAUACCCAACCAAUCUCCUGGGACAGCGGAGACCAUAUCGAGAAUAACAGAUUAGAAUAUGCUAAAAAGAACCAACAGCACUUGCCAGUUGUUUGCCAGAGAGAAUGAGGAAAACCAGACCCAGGAGGGAAGGUGAAGUGCUUUCUUCAUGUCGCUUAGAGCCCGAGGGGUUUUUCUUUAUUUCUCUCCCAAAACCUUAAGGCAAUUUUAUGUGUUUCCCUGAAGUCAGCCACCUAUUACGAAGCACCCUGGGAGACAAAAGGACUGGGUUUUGUGUUCUACUUUCAGAAAUGGGAUGGCAGGAGGUGGACAGAGAGGCCUUGGGUCGCUCUGGAAACAGGAUGGGCUCUGUUCUCACAGGCAGGCCUGGACCCGUGUCCAUUCAGGCAGGACAGGGGGACACUAUAGUCUGAGCAUCAGGAGCUCAGAUGCAGUCAGGACACCAGGUAGGGUGAGUGAGUAGGGAGGGGGUGUUCACUGGAAGGCUGGGCACAGAUGAGACAUACAACGGGUGCCACUGUGCAAGCCAUACCGGCCAUUUACUUUCCUCAGAAACAAUGGAGAGAACCAUGUCCCAGCCCCAGCCAGUUCCCCCAUUCUGAGGAGCAGAGAAGAGCUGGUAGCUCUGACCACUGAGGGGACAUCUCCAGGGUUAGAAUCCUACUCCAUGAGAACUGUCAGUUAAAUGAAACGGAGCCACUACCCUCCGUUCCCAGGUCUCUGAUGGGGUACCUGACUGGGACCCUGGAAAACAUGGCUGUGCGAGGCUGCUAUGGCUCCUCAACCCUGCCUCCUGCCAUCACAGUCCCUUCUCAGGGCCAGAACAGUCACUUACCCAGCACAGCACCUUGGGUGUUGAGCACAGCCCACAAUAACUUGUGAAUCAAAAGGAAGACCAGAGAUCACUUGACCUCAGUGAAUGGACUGGGUUUGGAAAAAUUAAAAUGCUCCAACAGAGAAAGAUUCACCCAUCUUUUCCCUUAUUAUCUAAGUCUAGAUCCUUCAUAACAUCAGUUCAGGUGGGAAUGGAAGUGCCAUGGAGGAAGGCUGCCCAAAUGGAAAAAGAGCAGGAGCAGUGCUGUGGGGAGAGUGACCCCUCCAAGUCUGUAACCAGGGAAAGAAGCCCCUAGCCUGGGGUAGGGUGGAUGCACCUGGAUGAGCCCUCUUGCUCUGAUCGAUAGGUCCUGGGCAACAUCGCAAUCGAGCAAGGAAGCCCCAGUCUGUUAGUGACCCCAGCCCUGUGCUGCUCUGCUGUCCCUUUUAUCAGAUGCACUACAGAGGAGAUUCAUCAAGAUGAAGCUCAAUUCGCAAUAGACUAAAGAAAGGAGAACAAUAGACGUGAGGAGAGGCAAAAUGCAGACAGGUGUAUUAAUCACAGGCAACGGAAACAUGUCAGCUUUAAUGUCUGUUUGCUUUUAUCUGAAAAUGAAAAUGCAUCUCUACUGCCCAGACUGUUUUUUCUGAGCCUUUCAAAACUGACCUACGCACAAAGCUGACCUACGCACACGCACACAUUGAGGGUUUUCUUCCUCAGCAGAAAGAGCUAUCAGAGAAAGGAGCUCACAGAUUGUGUCUAGAUGCAGAAGCAGAGGAUCAACCACAAGUCUGAGCACCGACUCCAGCCCCUUGUGGAAACAGGAGAGGAAGGGUCGGGGGCACCUGCUCUCGGGAAGGGUUUAUGAGGGCCUUUAUGGGGAGGGGCUCCCCUUGUGCCUGUGGGUCACAAAUCUGAAUCUAGCGUGCACCUCCACCCAUGCUGAUCAGUGUGGACCACCCCUCCCUGCCUGGCUCCCUCACGCGGCUGCAAAGGAGCACUGACGCGCGGGGUGCCGGAGAAGCCAGGCUUGCCUUUGCUGGGGAACUUCAAGGGGUGCGAAUACAGCAAAAGCUCUUUGGAGGAGGAAUGGUAGACUUGAUACCCGGGGCUGAUCACUCAAAAAGCAAGAAAAGAGAGAUUGAGGGGAAAGGUGACUCAGAGCUGGAGAGGGAACAGGUGAGGCUGGGUAGGAAUGAGCAGUAGGAACACCCAGCACCCAGGAAGCCAGAGCACGCCUCUGUAUUGAAAGCUGUAUCCAAGUGCCAGCAAGCUUUGAGGAAGUCUGGCCAUAUGACCACAGAGGCAGUCACAUCAAUGCUUCCAAUGUCAGAGCCAUUUGAAGGGGGUCUCUGUGCUUAACUGAACUCGUCAUGAUGGAUCAAUCCACCUGAAUGCUUCCAGCCUGACUCCGGUGGCUUCCAAAAAAGGCUGUUGAUGCCCUAAGCUGAACAGGCUUGGAAAGAAAUUAGAGAAAACAAGUUGGUGAGUUUAGAAAAGAAAUUGCUUGUAGAGUUGGUUGUUUUCAAAGAAAUCUGUAGGGUGUGUUAUGUUAUUGGCAUGAACAUUAUAAUGUCAUUAAGGUAAGAUUCAGAAUGACUGGAGGGGUGGGGCAUUUUGGCUUGGAAAGUUAGUUUGUAUUAAAUAUAAAUUAUAAGAGAUAACUAGACUAGGAACAGCUAAAUAUACAUGCAUUGUGUGCAUUUAUAUAAUACAGAAAUAAAGCUAUUGAAUGAAGAUGUCAAUGAUCCCAACACAUUUUAAAUUCUUUAGAAACUCUGGUUUGGGUGUUACACUUUUUCUUGUUGUUUACUUUUAGUUCCCAGGCACUGGGAAUAGUGCCUGGCCCAUAGUAGGAGUUUGGUAAGCAUUUGGAAAUCAAAGAUCCAACUAACACUCAGUAGUAUCACUAUACCCCAAAUUAAGUGAGCCACAGAGAAGUAAGUUGGCCACAUUCCCCUCCUAGAGCAUCACAGCCUGUCUGAGCAGAAGCCCUAGUGAAUUCACAGAUUCGGAGCCAUGUUCAGCCAGCUGCAGGCACUGGGUCUGGCUGCCUGGUAGUGAGCGGUGACAAGAUGUUACACACAGUGGGUUUGUGUCACUUAGACCACAUCUGCCUAAUACCUAAUGCUCUUUCUACAGGAAAAGGGCUGGGGGCUCCCCUCCUAUUGCCUCUGCCAUUUCCUAAACACUUGGUGAAUUGUUGUUGAAUUUUUCCAACUUCAGGCACAAUUCUGGAACUAAAUGUAAAGGCUCCACCAGGCCAAAAGUUUGAGCGAUUUCUUCUCUCAAUCCUUCUCUUCCCUGUAUCUGGAGAUGCCGCCUCCAGUGGAGGGUCAGUGUGAACCUGACACACAGGCUUCGGAGCUCUUCCAACUGCCUCAAAAAAUGGAUCCUUUUAGUCCAGAAAUGUGUUUAUUUGCUAUAUACUAUUGUGUGUGAGUGUGAUACAAUGCAAACUUUGGACUUUCUUGCUAAAAGGACUGUGUGCACUUAUAGAAUUUAAUUUCUGGAGAGCACAUUGUCAUCUUGCUCAAUGAACAAGCCUCUCCAGUCACAGAGGAUCAGAGAAAAUGCCCUUUCCCUCCCCACGCCUUCUCCCAGCACCCCUCCCCUGCCUAACUGCGCAGUCCUACCCACUCCAGGCCACACGGGGGGAGGGGCACUGAGAAUCUGUAUGUAUAUAACGAUAUAGGAAGAAAAUAAGAACCACCAUGGGAAUCUGUUGAGCUUCUUCCUAAGACUGUGAUCUUACCCAGGUCUGAAUCACAAACUUUAAAUUUCUAACAAUUAAGAUUCUUGCAGUUUCCAAGUAAUUUGUUAAAUGCCUAUUCCACACAAACAGAUACUUAUUUUCAGCCUUGGCUUGUAAAUGCCUACAAACUGAUUCAUGUUGGUAGUCACAAUGACACUUUCUGUGAAUUGGUGAAUAAAUAUGAUUUUAGAGUUUCACAGUAAA